GCAGACGGAAGCGCCAAUUGGCGGAAAAGUCGUACUUCCGAUUGCUCGGCUCAUCAGCUUGUCAGACGUAAAGAUGAACGCGCCUCCCGCAUUCGAGUCGUUCUUGUUGUUCGAGGGCGAGAAGAAGAUAACCAUCACCAAGGACACUAAAGUGCCCAACUCAUGUCUAUUCACGCUCAACAAGGAGGACCACACGCUGGGCAACAUCAUACGAGCGCAGCUGCUGAAGGAUCCUCAGGUUCUCUUCGCCGGAUACAAAGUUCCUCAUCCCCUGGAGCACAAGAUCGUCAUCAGGGUGCAGACAACGCCUGACUACAGCCCACAAGAAGCCUUCACCAACGCCAUCACUGAUCUAAUCAGCGAGCUCUCCCUGCUGGAGGAACGCUUCCGGGUGGCCAUCAAAGACAAACAGGAAGGCAUCGAGUGACCCCGUCCAGCCUUCCAUCGUGCAGUCACUUCCACCUCAUUUUGUAAAUAAUCGCCAUUUGUGUUGCAAAGUCAAAUAAAGAUGUCCUUUUGGUAA